AUGGCAGAGUGAGUGUCUCAGAAUCAAAACAGCUGACCCCUGGGGCUGGCCGCUCGCUGCCUUACAAAGAGCAACAGUGGAACCAGACUCCCUUGCGACUCCUUCCAUGGAGGUUUUAAAGAAGAUACCUUGGUACUCAGACAACUUGGAACCCAAACGCAGCAAACCCACAAGGAAGUGUUCUGGUUUGCAAACAUUUUUCAUAAGCCGAAUGUGCUCCGUUUUGAGUGCCACACUUCCGGUUUGAGUGUUACUCUGAGGUCUGUCAGUUUUUGCUAUUUACCGUAUUUUGCGUUUUUGUUUUUGCGGCUCUUUUUUGUUUUGUUCUUGUGACUGUGUGGAACCCAGUUCAGCUACUGAUUGAUUGAUUGUGUGACUGCAGUACAUUGUUUACUGCUUUCAUUUUAUGGAUCAAUGGUCUCGUUAGAUGGUAAAAUUCAUGCUAACUUGCUGUUUUAGGGGUUGUUUUUAAAAGUCUGGAACGGAUUAAUCCAUUUUGCAUUGCUUUCUAUGGGGAAGCAUGCCUUGGUUUUGGAACACUUUGGUUUUGGAACCGACUUCCGGAACGGAAUAAGUUUGAGAACCAAGGUACCACUGUAUUGGAUGGUCAUCUUCCAUGGAUGCUUUAGCUGAGAUUCCUGCAUUGCAGGGGGUUGGACUAGAUGACUCUUGGGGUCCCUUUGAUUCUAAGGAGGUGGGAAAUAAUCCUCUUUCUCUCUGCCUUCAUUUGCAGAGCCUCGGCCUCAAUACCUGGCUGGCCUGAUGAGGUAACCGGUCUGCUCUCCAACCUCCUGCUGUGUGUCGUUUCCAUGGGCUCCGCUUUCCAAACCUUCCAGGUAAGAAAGGGGUGGAGCUUGAUUUGGGGAGUUGCCUGGUGUCUCUGCUUGCUGGGUGCUGGGCUUUUGCUGUUGCUGUUGUUGUUUAGUCAUUUAGUCGUGUCCGCCUCUUCGUGACCCCCUGGACCAGAGCACGCCAGGCACUCCUGUCUUCCACUGCCUCCCGCAGUUUGGUCAAACUCAUGCUGGUAGCUUCAAGAACACUGUCCAACUGUCUCAUCCUCUGUCAUCCCCUUCUCCUUGUGCCCUCAAUCUUUCCCAACAUCAGGGUCUUUUCCAGGGAGUCUUCUCUUCUCCUGAGGUGGCCAAAGUCUUGGAGCCUCAGCUUCACGAUCUGUCCUUCCAGUGAGCACUCAGGGCUGAUUUCCUUCAGAAUGGAGAGGUUUGAUCUUCUUGCAGUCCAUGGGACUCUCCAGAGUCUCCUCCAGCACCAGAAUUCAAAAGCAUCCAUUCUUCGGCGAUCAGCCUUCUUUAUGGUCCAGCUCUCACUUCCAUACAUCACUACUGGGAAAACCAUAGCUUUAACUUUGCUAGAGAGGACUUUUGGAUUCAGGCUGACAAAUAAUUGCUCUGUGUGACAGGGAACCUGGAACCUGCCAAAUUGCUAUUAUUAUUAUUUGCACAUGCACGCCUGGCAAAUGUAAAAUCUGCAUGUGGAAACAGGGCUUUGCGCUCCGGGAUGUGAAGAGGUCUGCUGCUCGCUCCCCCUCCUGAAACUGCGUUGCUGACAAGGGUCACUGGGCGGGUUCUUGCUUGCAGAGACCAAGCUGAGAAGCUGCAACGGCUAAAUAUAAUUCCCAACACAUUUGUGUUGGUCUGUUUAGGGAAGCUUUUAAUGUUUGAUGCAUUAUUGUGUUUUAAUAUUUUGUUGGAAGCUACCCAGAGUGGCUGGGGAAGCCCAGCCAGAUGGGUGGGGUAUAAAUAAAUUAUUAUUAUUAUUAUUAUUAUUAUUAUUAUUAUUAUUGGGACGCGGGUGCCGCUGUGGGUUAAACCACAGACCCUAGGAUUUGCCAAUCAGAAGGUCAGCGGUUUGAAUGCCCGCGACGGGGUGAGCUCCCGUUGCUCAGUCCCUACUCCUGCCAACCUAGCAGUUUGAAAGCACGUCAAAGUACAAGUAGAUAAAUAGGUACCACUCUGGCGGGAAGGUAAACGGCAUUUCCGUGCGCUGCUCUGGUUCGCCAGAAGCGGCUUAGUCCUGCUGGCCACAUGACCAGGAAGCUGGACGCCGGCUGCCUCGGCCAAUAAAGUGAGAUGAGCGCCGCAACCGCAGAGUCGUCCACGACUGGACCUAAUGGUCAGGGGUCCUUUUACCUUUAUUAUUAUUAUUAUCUGAGCUCCUUUCGCCACUUCCUCCCUCUCUUUGCAGAUCAAUCGAGGGACCUCUGCCGGGUUCCUCCUCCAGGCCCUUGUGCCCCUCCUGGAUACGGCCACCCACCUCACCGCCCCCCCAGGGCUCGGUUUGGAGGCUGCCCACUACAGCCCAGACAACGCCUGGGUCUCCACAGUGGUGGGGCUCCCCCUGCUCGCCUUUGGCUUCCACUGGCUGAACGGGGACCGUGCCACGGCGAACGCCCUCUUGGGGGGCGCACUGCUGCUGCUGCUGGCCAGCAGCUCAGGCUCCUUCUCCCAGGAAGGCAAGGCCAUGGUGGCCCACUCUGUCACCUCGGUGGUCUCCAUCAGCGUCCUGAUCGCUUCCAUCUUCACCGGAAACGCCUGCGGGAUUGCGGGCAGCCUCUUGGUGGGCACGGCUGGGGUGCUGGCAGGGACCCAGCUGCGGCGGCUGCUGGUGCUCCGGAAAGAGGACGCUGUCUGCUGCCUCAUGGCGCUGGCAAACCUGGCUUUGCGGCGGGCUCUGCAAGCACAGCACCGAGAACUGGACUGA